AACGGCUCACUCGCUAUGAAACUUUCUCAGCUGAUUGUGGUAUUGAUUUUGAUUAUCGUCCACAGCGGCACAGGUCGGAGACAGUGUCCGAUGGGCAAGCAGUGGAAUAGGAUGGCCCAGAAGUGUGAAAAGUACUACUUGGGCUCUUACAUUAAUAACUACAAAAAAGGUGGGCCAAGACUAUUAAAUCUAAUGGCAACUAAUUUUUUGGCUAACCCAGAACAUAAACAUAAUUUAUAACAUUUUCGGGAAUAAAGGAUUCAGAAGGAAGCAACAAAAAUACAGAGAUGAAAAAUUAAA